GGACUCAGCUUCUUCAUUGAAAUUAGAACCAUCAGCUCACUCAACAGCACUGGAACCACCAGCUCCCUCAAUAUUAUUAGAACCAAAAGUUCCAUCAACAGCAUUAGACCACCAGAACCUUCAAUACUAA